AUGUUCAGUAAAGUAGUUAUCAUUGCGUUGGUUGAGCUCAUCGGAAUCUCAUUUACAGCAUUUUGGGUCAAUUUUACAUCUGAUUUACAAAUUAGUGAAGGAUUUUUUGCUGGAAAGGAUAGUACAAUUGAUGUAUAUGUCUGUCGUGGAGUUCACCAAGGUUUAUUAAUUCCCGGAAAAUUAUUAAAAUUCCCUGGUAUUGAAGACACCCGAUGUGAUGUAGCAUAUCUCGAUAAAGAACCAAAGUUGUACCAAUUCGAAAUGCUCCAAGGUUCACAUCUAAAAUGGACUAAUUCUUCGCACACACUUGACAAAGCCAUUUAUGGAGGUGCUAACGCAGAUAAUCAACCAUAUCUUAUUUGUCGCACUAAGUAUCCGAACUCUUAUGAUCAGAUGCUCCAAGGUUCACUUCUAAAAUGGACUAAUUCUUCGCACACACUUGACAAAGCCAUUUAUGGAGGUGCUAACGCAGAUAAUCAACCAUAUCUUAUUUGUCGCACUAAGUAUCCGAACUGUUAUGAUCAAAUUAUCGUUGGAAAUCUUGUACCUCCGCUAUACAAUAUUUGUGUCGCGCCUUACCGUAAUGUGACAUAUUAUAACGAAAAAUUCGAUAUCUUAGUUCACGAUUGA